UGCUAACACGGACUGAGAGCACAGGUUAAAUAUAGAGCAGACUCUCAUCGGCAGGCUGGAGAAAAGCGCUGAACAUCUCGUAGAGAAAACCAGAUUUUACUCUCUCUCUUAACUCUCUCGUCCAGUGAGCUGUCAGACCAAACUUGGAAAGGACGAAGCCUCCCAUCGCUCUGCCGCUCAGACUCAGGCAGAGGAGUUGGGAAACUAAAGGGGACAGAAGAAGAUAUCUACAUGGACACAGUGAUGUUGUGAUCGCUGCAAAGGUUGUGAGAAGAAAGUGGAGUUGUUGUUUUUUUGGGAUUGAACAGCUGGGACACCUCAGCGCUCAGAGCAGGUAAAAACAUGCGAUCCAGGAACUGCACCAUGGAGGGUCCAGAUGACGGACACAUCCAGCCAACCACAGGCUUCAUGAAAGAGGAAGAGGAGAACACUCCACAGCUCACAAAGAGGAAGACGAAAGCCCUGCAGCGAGAGGAGAAGGACGGGAAGACGGCGGGGUCUGGAACGUCUAAGAAACAUCAGAAACCGGCUGAGAGCAGGAAGCCAGAGGCGCUGGAUCUGUCCAAGAAAGAUCUGAUUCAGCUGCUGGGAAUCAUGGAGGGAGAAGUUCAGGCCAGAGAGGACAUCAUCGGCCUGCUGAAGUCGGACAGAACCAAACCGGAGACUCUGGAGGCUCACUACGGCUCAGCAGCCCCGACAAAACCUCUGCAGGCUCUGCAGAGAGACGCUCUGCUGACCCGCUGCAACAACAACAACACUGAGGACGUGUACGAGACCCCCAUGGCCGAGCUGGACCGUCUGGAGGACAAACAGAGGGAGACGUACAGGCGGAUGCUGGAGCAGCUGCUGCUGGCCGAGAAAUGUCACCGCCGCACCGUCAUGGAGCUGGACAACGAGAAACUCAAACACACCGACUUCAUGAACAAGAGCGACGACUUCACCAACCUGCUGGAGCAGGAGAGAGAGAGACUCAAAAGGCUGUUGGAGCAGGAGAAGGCCUACCAGGCUCGUAAGGACAAGGACCACAGCCGGAGACUUGAGAAGGUCAGAGCCGAGCUGGUGAAGCUCAAGUCCUUUGCACUGAUGUUGGUAGACGAGCGGCAGCUGCACAUCGAGCAAAUCGACCAACAGAGCCAGAAGGUCCAGGAUCUCACUCAGAAGCUACAGGAAAAAGAGCAGCGUUUGGCGGCCGUCACUGACACCGCCAAGGAGGACAGCCACAAGGUCCUCAAGCUGGAGGAAGACCUGGAGCAUAAAGCCGCCAAAUUUGCGCAGGAACACGAGGAGAUGACCGCCAAACUGGCUGGUGAAGAGUCCCAAAGCAGGCAGCUUAGGCUGAAGCUGGCUGGACUGGUGCAGAAGAUUGAAGAGCUGGAGGAGAGCAACAAACUGCUGCGUAAAUCAGAGGAGGACCUUCAGGAGCUGAGGGACAAGAUCAGCAAAGGGGAAUGUGGAGAUUCGACUCUGAUGACUGAGCUUGAGAAUCUGCGGAAAAGGGUGCUGGAGAUGGAGGGCAAGGACGAGGAGAUAACCAAAACGGAGACUCAAUGCAGGGAGCUGAAGAAAAAGCUGCAGGACGAAGAGAACCACUGCAAGGAGUUCAGGCUGGAGGUGGAUAAACUGCAGAAGAGAAUGGUGGAACUGGAAAAACUGGAGGGGGCUUUUAAUAAGAGCAAAACAGAGUGCUCUCAGCUUCACACAAACUUGGAAAAGGAAAAACGUGUUGUGAAGGAUCUGGCCGGGGAGCUAGAGACGGUGAAAACUCGGCUGAAAGAACUAGAGGGCUCGGAGUCGAAGUUUGAAAAGUCGGAAAUGAUCCUCAAAGACGAUCUCAUGAAGCUGAAGUCCUUCACAGUCAUCCUGGUAGAUGAAAGAAAAAACAUGGCAGAGAGACUCAAACAGGAGGAACAGAAAAGUGAUGACUUCAGUAAGAUGUUCAAAGCGGAGCAGGGCAAGGUUACAGAGGUCACAGAGAAGUUGAUCGAGGAGAGUAAAAAACUUCUCAAAUUUAAGUCGGAGAUGGAAAUGAGAGUGACGACGCUCGCCAAAGAGAAAGAUGAGUUGCAAACUAAACUUGCAAGUGAGGAGGGAAAGUGCAGGGAGCUGAAUACCAAGGUGAGCAGUAUGAAAGUAAGAAUUGACGGACUCGAGGAGACAGACAGGGAAAUGCAAAGGAAGUGGGCCACUAAGGAGAAUCCAGAGGAAGACAACAAAAUGAAAGAGCUGACGCUUGAAGUUGAAAGGCUAAAGAAUAGACUCAAGCACCUGGAGGUCGUGGAAGGAGACUUGAUGAAAACAGAGGAUGAGUAUGAUCUGCUGGAGAAGAAAUUCAGAACCGAGCAGGACAAAGCAAACACUCUCUCUAAGUUGCUGGAGGAAAUGAGAAGUCAGAUCGCUAGAAACAAAGCUAUCGAGAAAGGUGAGGUCAUGAGUCCGGAGGCUGAGCUGAGAAUUCGCUGCAAGAUGGAGGAGACCAAAACCAGAGAGUUGCAGGUGGACGUUCGGGCGCUGAAGGAGAAAAUCCAUGAACUGAUGAACAAGGAGGACCAGCUCUCCCAGCUGCAGGUGGAUUACUCUGUCCUCCAGCAGAGGUUCAUGGAGGAGGAGGAGAAGAAGAAGAGCAUGAGCCGGGAAGUUGCCAACCUGACAAAUGAGCUGGAGGCCUCCAAGCGUUACAGUCGUGCGUUGAGGCCCAGUGUGAACGGCAGCAGGAUGGUCAAUGUCCCGGUUACCUCCACAGCAGUGCAAACAGAAUCGACGGUCGGUGAGUGUCCUGAAGAUGAGACGGCGGCAGGCUUUAUCCAAAAAUCAGUCCUCGAGGAAAACCACUUAAUGAGCAACCUCAGACAACGGGAACUCAAAAAGCCUACGGUUCUCGAGAGAUACCCUCAGGCGUCCGCUGAACUCGGAGCAGGGAAAUCUUGGAUACCCUGGAUGAAAAAGAGGGAGGCUGGUGGAUUCACUCAGACCACUCCAGAGAGGACGAACGGGACAUCCCUGCUCUCUCAACCGGAGAUGAACAUGUCCCAAAAGCCGGGACAACCUCUGCGCAUCCGAGUGACCCCGGAUCAUGAGAACAGCACCGCCACCCUGGAGAUCACCAGCCCCCGAGCUGAGGACUUCUUCUCCAGCACCACCAUCAUACCGACUCUCGGCCUUCAGAAACCUCGCAUCACAAUCGUCCCAAAGCCCACAACCGUGACCUCAAAGAGCAAAGCCUGCGACAUGAUGGGAGGUCUCAAUCGAACCAAAUCUCCAGUCACCAUUACUACCAUCUCCAGGGCCAAGAGUCCAGACAAGAGCAACGGUGGCGGCUCUGAUGGCCUUCAGUCACCUGUGUCCAUCAUAACGGUCAGCACCACUCCUGUGGCUGAAGCGUGCGCGUCGCCUGAGCCUCACAACAUAACCGCAAGCCGCACAGUUAUCAAAAUGACUCAAGAGAAGCAGCCUGGGCCAGCACCUUACAGGAAGUACAACGGCAAAAGCAACAUCAUCACAACAGAGGACAACAAGAUCCACAUCCAUUUGGGCUCCCAGUACAAGAGGGCUUCUGAGGGCUGCAGUCCAGUGUUGACCCUCGGACUUGGCUCUGAAAGCGGCAAGGAAAUGUCCACAGGAACGGUGCUCCGCUCCCCUCGCCAAACGUCCAUAGGGAAGACGACGACUCAGAGCAAAAUGACCAGCAGCAUCACAAUCACACCGAUCACCUCGGCUCCUUCCAGGCCAACACAGUCAGUGCCCAGUUCGGAUGUGCAGUCAGCUCGGGGCGCGGCCACACGGAUCCCUAUGUCAAAAGGUAUGAAACCGGGCAGCAAGGCGGUUCUGGGCGUGUCGACGGUGACAAGGUUAGAGUCGCGGGCGGAGAGCCAGUCGAUGAAAAUCGAGCUGAGGAAGUCGACACUUUGUGGCUCGGCCUCUGUGGCCGGGGGGAAAAGCUGAGAGCUAAAAAUUGGCUGCAGAGGAAAAGACUCGAUGUGAGCGUGUAAUAAUGAUUGAGUUUGACGCUAAAUGUUCUGCCAAAUCCGACUCACAGCCUACGAGUUUAUCUACAGCACACAAGUCGGACUCUGUUUAAAGUGGACUCUCUCAAGAGCUUAGCUUUACAAACCGUCUUUUAUCUUUUCUCAAUAAAGUUUUUAUGUUAUCUUAAGGACAGAUUUUAUGUUACUACAUCCAGUUUGUUUUUCACAAAGCAUCUCUUUGCAUGUCUUUAUUUGCAUUUGGAUUCAUUUUCAUACCUUCAUCUUGGUAGUUUUUUUGGCAGUAGCUGUAGACUUGCUCUCAUCAGUUACAUUUUCCCAUAACAUGUGUUUAUUCAACCACCGCUUUUGGAGGUUUCCAAUCACUGAUGCACUGUGAAUCGUUUGUGAAAGUAUGAAUUGUCAUCAUUUAAGACAGGCACAAAAUUAAAACUAUUUAUCUCUGAAA